UGUCUUUUUUGUCAUGAAAGGACGUCUGUCAACAUUAAAAAUAUUAUUUCUUCUUAUACUCGUUGGAUAUGUAACAACAUUCUCAGAAGGCUAUAAACCAAGAAAUGUUACCUGGGACAGCUACUCGUUAAUAAUAGACGGUAAAAGAGAGUUUAUAUAUUCAGGAUCUUAUUACUAUUGGAGACUUCCAGCACCAACUCUUUGGAAAGAUAUAUUUGAAAAGAUCCGGGCUGCAGGAUUCAAUACCAUAACAAUGUAUUUCAACUGGGACUAUCACUCACCAAGAAGCAAUGUCUAUGAUUUUGGUGGUAUCCGAGAUGUCGACAGGUUCCUAAACUUGGCUGAAGAACUUGGCUUUUAUUUGAUAGCCCGACCUGGUCCCUAUAUCAACUCAGACAACAAUGCUGGAGGAUUUCCUGGGUGGCUCAUUUCUCUUCCUGGUACAACAAGAUCUACCAAUCCUUAUUACACAGCAUCUUGGAUGCAGUGGCUCUCUGCCCUCAACCCAUAUCUGUACAAACAUCAAAUCACAAAAGGAGGCAAUAUUAUUGCGGUGCAAGUAGAGAAUGAGUACAGUGUAGGCCCUCUUGAGCCUCUAUAUAUGGAACAAUUAGAAGCAAAAUAUAGAUUGGACGGUAUUGAUGUUCCAUUUAGUUUCAAUGAUGCAUAUCCAGGAGACCAUUGGGUUCGAGGCCCCGGACAUGUGCAGUUGUAUGGAAUCGAUGCUUAUCCAAAUGGAUUCAACUGUACUUAUCCAGAUAUUUGGGGUGCUUUACCAACAUAUUUUGAAGACGACCAUCAUGCCUUCAAUCCGAAUGAACCAGAAUAUCUACCAGAGUUUCAAGGAGGCUCAACGGACUACUGGGGCGGACCUGGUUUCUUAAAAUGUACUCAAAUGACUAACGCUUCCUUUGAAAAUGUGUUCUAUAAAAAUAAUUUGGAACAAGGAGCUUCUAUGUUUAAUAUUUAUGUAGUGUAUGGGGGAACUAGUUGGGGUUGGCUUCCAUACCCAGGAGACUAUACUUCCUAUGACUUCGGCGCAGCAAUAGCUGAAUCUAGAGUUUUGACUGAGAAGUAUCCUCAGUUGAAGUUUCUAGGCUAUUUUCUAGAUAGUGUGGAGCCGUUUAGAAGGACAAAUCACACAGCGGUUCCUCCUGCUUCCAACUCAAAAGUUCAAGUUGCUAUGAGAGAAGACUUAGAGACAGGAACACAAUUCUACUUCUUAAGACACGAGAACGCUUCAGGUUUCACUUUCGAAACCACUCAUAUUUCAAUUAUUGGAGACAGCAAGGGUAACUAUUCCUCAGUACCUCAAGAGAAGAAUACAUAUAUCUUGUUAAAUGGACGUGACUCUAAAAUUAUUGUUGCAUUUUACCAUUUUGGUAACCAGUAUCUUAUAUAUAGUACUUCAGAAGUUCUCACACAUGGACGAAUGGGAGAUUCCGAUGUUAUUGUAUUAUAUGCCGGUAAAGGUCAAUAUGGAGAGACAGUGGUACGAACUCGUGGUGAACCUAAAGUCAGAACAAAAGACAACAUAACCUCAUAUUUUGACCAUAACUCGUCCGAUCUCCGACUUAAUUAUGUUCACCAUGGGAUACAGUGUGUCGAUGUGGAAGCUUCCGAUCGAAAAGAACGCUUAAAGAUAUAUAUAGUAACCACUGAGCUGGCUGUUUCGUUAUGGAGAGGAGAAGUCGAUGGUCAACUAGUGCUUGUACACGGCCCAUAUUUGGUUAGAUCUAUUGAUCUCGAAUUUGGUGACCUACUUAUUCGUGGUGACGUGGAUAAGGAUACUGAAGUUACAAUAUAUGCUGAAGUACCAUUCAAUCUAGCUCAGUUUAACGACGAAAUCUUGAUGCUAUCGAGGACUGGUUGUGGCGGUCUUAAGACAAGUAUACGAGGUCCUCCUAAAAUUUCUUUGCCGCAGUUGAAUAACUGGAAAUUCCAGAUGGGUUCGCCUGAAAGGUUCCCAGACUUUGAUGACUCUCGUUGGUUGAUUGCGGAUAAAUAUACGACCAAUAGCAUCACUCCUCCAGUUACAUAUCCAGUUCUGUAUGUUGACGAUUACGGUUUCCACUUCGGAGACGUAUGGUUCCGGGGGCACUUCAUUGCAAACGGUUCAGAGAAAGGUAUCAAGUUGGAUGGAGUAGGUGGACAUAGGAAAGGAGCUUUUAGUGCUUAUUCGGUUUGGUUUAAUGGCGAAUUUUUGGGUUCUACUUAUGGAAACAAGACUUUCGACUUUCCAAAGUCUUCUCUCCGGAUUGGACAAGACAAUGUGAUUUCCAUGCUGUUAGAAAAUCUUGGACAUGAAAAGGACUACCCCAACGAUGACAAUGAGAAGCGUGCUAGAGGCUUUAUCGAAGCAAGCAUGGUUGGUUACAAUGCUACAAUAAUCUGGAAAAUUCAAGGAAGCUGUGGAGGAGAACAUGUUCCUGAUCCUGUUCGCGAUUAUCCGGAUUAUGACUGGAAAGAUGUGUCACUUCCUUACAACUUCAACGAGUCAGCGGUAGCAUGGUUUCGGACUAGUUUUGAACUGAAUAUUCCUCUUGAUGUUGAUAUUCCCAUCGGCUUGCUUAUACAAGAUGACCCCUCCUAUAGAUAUAAUGCUCUCAUAUUCAUCAAUGGUUGGAUGCUAGGCCAUUAUAUCAACUACUUGGGACCACAACAUGACUUUGUUCUUCACAACGGAAUUCUAAACCCAAAUGGAAAGAAUGACGUAGCCAUAGCAGUUUGGGGACAAGAUGUUGUUGGUGGAAGACUUGGAAACGUAUCUUUACAUGCAUAUCAGGUUCUGAGGACAGAGCCAAGGAUAACGGAGAUCAAUUACAGUCCAAAUUAUUGGCAAAUUCUGCCUCGUCUGGAACAGCUGUGUUGAAGAAGUUCGAUAUAUUUGUUUGUGUUCGUUAUAUCUAUGUUUGACUUUGUCCAAGUGAAAGGGAGAGUCUUUUGUUGAAAUACUUUGCGCAAUGUUUUUCAUUGCAUACGAAUAUUGAGUUAUCUUAACUUUCCCAAUAUAAUAUUGUAGUGUCGCUUCUCUUAGUAUCUUUGUUCUAAAUUUGUAAAAUUUUCAAAUUA